UCUCCCGUGAGAUUAUUUGCACAAACAACACUGAAUGCAACAUUUGAUGAGAUUGAAUUUGACGAAUAUGAUGGUCUACUUAUACCAGGAGGACGAUCUCCUGAACAUCUUGCUAUGAAUGCAUCGGUUGUAGAAUUGGUGAGAAAAUUUUCUGACUCCAGAAAGCCAAUUGCUGCUAUUUGUCAUGGGCAGUCUGUUAAAGGUCGCAAGUGCACAGCGUUUCCAACUGUAAAACCUGGAUUGGUUGCUGCUGGUGCUCACUGGGUAGAACCCGAUACAUUGUCAGUGGGCGUUGUUGAUGAUAAUAUAGUUACUGGGGUCACGUAUUAUGGCAAUCCUGAGUUCAUUGGGCUUUUUCUCAAGGCACUAGGAGGCAACAUAUCUGGUUCUGGGAGAAGGGUCCUCAUCAUCUGUGGAGACUACGUGGAAGAUUAUGAGGUAACUGUGCCUUAUCAGACCCUUAAAGUUCUAGGAUGCCAUGUUGAUGUGGUUUGCCCCAAGAAGAAAGCCGGUGAUCCCUGCCCAACUGCUAUCCGUGAUCUUGAAGGGGCCCAAACCUGCAGUGAAACGCAGGGACAAAAUUUUGUUUUAACAGCUGACUUUGAAUCCGUAGAUGCCUCAAGUUACGACGCUCUUGUACUCCCUGGAGGAAAAGAUCCAGAGGUUUUGGCACUAAAUGAGGAUGUUAUUGUACUAGCGAAACAAUUUAUGGAAGCCAGGAAACCAAUUGCAUCCAUCUGCCAUGGCCUGGAAAUUUUAGUUGCUGCUGGUGUUCUGCAGGGGAAGAAAUUUACUGGAUACCCAGGGAUUAAGGCUCAUGUGGUUGUGUCAGGGGGGACGUUUGCGGAAGCGAAUCCAAUAGAUCGUUGUGUCACUGAUGGAAAUCUGGUUACCGCAGCAGCGUGGCAUGGCCAACCAGAGCUUAUUUCUCAGUUGAUGACAUUGCUUGAUAUUCGAGUAUCAUUUUAGGCAAACUUAACCAGUUCAGCUGCUUCCAAGUAAUAUAUGUUAUUCCAUAAACGAAUAAGAGUAAAAAAAGAAAAAGAAACAUAGUCAGAAACUCCGUGUAAUUCAAUAAAAGAAUAAAAGCAUAUGUUAAGGUGAUGUGUGCAUCUGUGAGGGAACAAUGAUGCUCUGAUUCUGCUGUAUAUGUAACAAUUGUGGAUGGAUCUUGUAUGUUUUUAACUACGUAAUGUUGAUUAUGCUUUUUAUGGAAAUCCUUGAAUCUGCUUUC